AUGGUGUUAGCAGAUUUAGGUAAUCAAUUAUCUUCAGCAUUAAGAUCAUUAAAUGAAACAACCAUUGUAAAUGAAGAUACAAUUAAUCAAUUAUUAAAAGAGGUUGGAAAUGCAUUAAGUAAAUCAGAUGUUAGUAUGAGUUUAAUCAUACAAAUGAGAAAGAAUAUAAAAGAUAAGAUUAAAUUGGAUCAAAUGGCAGCAGGUUUAAAUAAGAGAAAGAUAAUCAAACAAGUUGUAUUCGAUGAACUCAUUCGUUUAUUGGAUCCAGGUGUACCAUUAUGGAAACCAACCAAAGGUAAAUCAAAUAUAGUAAUGUUUGUAGGUUUACAAGGUGCUGGUAAAACCACAUCUGUCACUAAAUUAGCCUAUUUUUAUAAGAAGAAAGGUUUUUCAACUGCAAUCGUUUGUGCUGAUACUUUUCGUGCUGGUGCAUUCGACCAAGUACGUCACAAUGCCGCAAAGGCAAAGAUCCACUACUAUGGUAGCGAGACUGAGAAGGAUCCAGUCGUAGUAGCACGUACUGGUGUUGAUAUCUUUAAAAAGGAUGGAACAGAGAUCAUCAUCGUCGAUACAUCAGGUAGACAUAAACAAGAUAGUGAGUUAUUUGAAGAGAUGAAACAAAUUGAAACAGCAGUCAAACCUGACAAUUGUAUUUUCGUUAUGGAUAGUUCAAUUGGUCAAGCUGCAUACGAACAAGCAACAGCAUUUAGAAGUUCAGUUAAAGUUGGUUCAAUCAUUAUCACCAAAAUGGAUGGUAAUUCAAUGGGUGGUGGUGCAAUCUCUGCUGUUGCCGCCACUAAUACACCUAUCAUUUUCAUUGGUACUGGUGAACAUUUAACAGAUUUAGAAUUAUUCGAUCCUUCAACAUUUGUUAGUAAACUUUUAGGUUAUGGUGAUAUGAAAGGUAUGUUGGAAAAAAUUAAAGAAGUCAUUCCAGAGGAUUCAACUUCAUUAAAAGAAAUUGCUCAAGGUAAAUUCACUCUUAGAAGUAUGCAACAACAAUUUCAACAAAUUAUGCAAUUAGGUCCAAUUGAUAAACUUGUACAAAUGAUACCUGGUAUGAAUCAAUUACCACAAUUACAAGGUAAUGAAGGUGGUUUGAAAUUAAAAGCAUAUAUUAAUAUAUUGGAUAGUUUAUCAGAAAAAGAAUUGGAUGGAAAGAAACCAAUCACACAAAAACGUAUUAUUACAAUUGCUCAAGGUUCAGGUAGACAUCCAAAUGAGGUUGUAGAAUUAUUGGAACAACAUAAAACAUUUGAAAAACUUAUUGGUAAAGGUGGUCCAGGUGGUGGUUUGGGUAGUUUGAUGGCAGGUAAAGGUGGUCCAAAGAAUAUGGAACAAGCAAUGAAACAAAUGAAUGCUAAUGGUGGUAUGCAGGGUUUAAUGAAUUCACUUAAAGGUAUGGGUGGAAUGGGUGAUCUUGCAAAAAUGUUUGGUGGUGGUGGAGGUGGUGGCGGUGGUAUGCCAAGUAUGGGUGACCUUGCCAAAAUGAUGGGAGGUAUGGGUGGCGGCGGUAGAGGAGGUGGUGGUAUGCCAAAUAUGGGUGACCUCGCCAAAAUGAUGGGAGGCAUGGGAGGUGGUGCUGGUAAAGGUGGUCAAAAUGGUUUCCCUAAUCUUGACUUGGAUUAA